GGCCGAUUGCUUUUCCCUGGCAGGCGGGCGCAGCGGGCCGAGCGCAUCGCUCCGUUCCGGCGGGCGCGAUGGCUCCGCAGCGGCGGGCGGCGCCGCGGGGCCCCGAGAGCGGCGGGACGGCGGCUGGGCCCGACCGCGGGGGCCGCCGCCGCCACGGCAGCGCCAGGAAGAGCAGAGGCCAGCAAGAGUCGCCGUGGAGGUGGCUGAAGGCCGCGCUCCUCCUCUCCUCGGCUGCCGUCGGGGGCCUCCUGAGCUGGAGCUGCCUGAGCGCCGAGGACGGGGUCACGGAGGUGCUGGCCCACCGCCGAGAGAGCCUGCGCGACAGGUUCGUUGAGAUCCCCUGCUCUGAGGACUACGACAGCCACAAAAGAUUCGAAGGGUGCACUCCUAGAAAGUGCGGAAGGGGUGUGACCGAUGCAGUAAUCACAAGGGAAGAAGCUGAAAGAAUCCGUAGAAUAGCAGAGAGGGGACUGUCCUUGGGAGGAUCUGAUGGAGGGGCAUCAAUUUUGGACUUGCACUCUGGAGCUCUUUCGCUGGGGAAGCAUUUUGUUAAUCUGUACAGGUACUUUGGGGACAAAAUUCAAGACAUCUUCACAGAAGAGGAUUUUGCAUUAUAUCGUGAUGUGAGACAGAGAAUUCAACAAAGGAUUGCUCAGGCAUUUGGUAUCAGCUCUGCUUCCAUGUACCUGACGAAACCAACGUUCUUCUCAAGAAUAAACAGCACAGAAGCCAAGACAACGCAUGAUGAAUACUGGCACCCACAUGUUGACAAGGUAACUUAUGGCUCAUUUGACUAUACUUCACUGCUCUAUCUCUCUGACUACACUGAAGACUUCGGUGGUGGACGGUUUGUCUUUAUGGAUGCAGGUUCCAACAAGACGGUAGAGCCCCGAGCAGGCCGGGUUUCUUUUUUCACUUCUGGAUCAGAGAACCUUCAUCGGGUGGAAAAGGUUCACUGGGGCACUCGGUAUGCCAUCACCAUCUCCUUCACUUGCAACCCAGACCACGGCAUUGGGGAUCCAGUCUUGAUGUAAUUCCUCCAGGGAUGGAACAUGAGGUCAAAAGGAAUGAGAGAAGCCCUGCAAAAGGAGAGAAAAGAGGGAGAUAACAUCUCUUGUAACCUCACAUUCAAUUAGAAUUUUCCAGCUCUGUUAAUAUAUUACAUUUUGUUUUCACAUGUUCUUUCCAUAAACAUUGCAAACAGUGCCUUAAAGACCAUCUUAAAUUUGUUGUAUUUUCAAAAUAGUUUGCCUUCAAGUUCUAAAGGGACAGGCUACAAAGAAGAGUCCUGGAGGGGGCUUUUAAAAAUUAUUUUUAUUUUAAAUUCUCCAGUUUGAGAGACAAACAAUCUUUUGGACCAUGCCGCUGUUACCUGUUGUUUAAUUAUUUAGUCUCUUGAGUUACUAAUGGGGUGUAGAAAGCUUGACCUAAGUUAAUAGAGCAAGAUGAGUGUUACUCUUUUGAACAUACCUUCUGUUCAGAGGAACGUAUUCUCCUUAGCACGGGCCUUAGUGGGCAAUAUACCUGUGGUUUGACUACUGGGACUUACUUGAACUUUUUUUUAAAAUUGUACUACACCUAUUUUAUGCUACAAACUGGGACUAGCUAAUACAAAGUCAGAAAUACAAUUCUGUGGUUAGCCAGAAAAAUUACUGCUUUUGGAUUACAAAUGCUUUGGUGCGCUAGGGAAUGCCAUGGCAUUAGAUCCCUCUGAUCAGAAUGCGGCAUUCCCAGCUCACCUCAUUUUUUCCGAGUCAUAAUGAAAAUGAUCAGUCUUCCUGUUGGAAGCCCAGCGUUAAGGUUAAGAGCUCUUUAUGGCGAUGGUUUGACCAUGUAACCCUGUACAUUAAGUAAAUACUAAAGAGGAUAGCUGGGCAGAGGUAAUGAGACAGUCCUCUGGAUCCAUCUGAGCGUUCAUCAAUGGCUAACUCCGAGGUAGGGCAGUAGGAUUUGGGAGGGGAACAGCAGAGGAAAAAGGUCGUUUUGUUGUGGUCUUCCAGAUGCCAGUUCUGGUCUCCUUAGACUCAAUCCUGUAAACCUUGGCUUGCUGUUGGAAGGCUGGCUAACGUGGACCUGUGGGCUGUGGUAUGUGAGGUCUGAGGGUAACUGGUCUCCACCCACAUCUUAAAUUGAUAUGGUCCUGAGCUGGAGCUCAGUAAUAAAAUACUUCUAGGCCCAAUAAAUACGUGUUUUCAAUGUAACCUUAAGACCAAGUUGAAGGAAGCUUGGUUUUUUCAUUGUUGACACAAUUACAAAUCUUGUGUUUUGUCUUGUCAAAAAUAAUGUUUUACCUGUUUCAGGAGGUUUCUCAAUAGCUCUUUUUGGACUUCUCUUUUUUAGUUUGGUAUGAAGACUUUUUCCCAUUGACUAGGACCACUAGUCUGUGGUGUUCCUUGAAUAAUUGCAAGGACUUCAGAGAAGGGAUGGUUGCAUUGCAGUGUAAAGUAACAAACAAAUGCGUAAUGUUGCCAACUCCCUUGCUUAUUGCAAAGAUUUUUGUGGGUCAGCGCAUUGAUAAGUAAAUGGUAGCAAAACCUAAUUUUUUUCUCAAAUUCUGAAGCAAACAUGUUGAUUUGUUUUUUUUUUUAAUGGUCUGUAUAAUUUCUGUGAAACACUUAAAUCUGGAAAUGUGCUUUGAUUUUUAUGCAUACAGUUUUCACUUUGGUUUUAAUCCACCCUUUUAUGGAAAAAAUAAGUAUUGGAGGGGAUUACACUGAAGAUCAGUAUAAAGAGGAAUGAUGACAGGGCACUUGGACUUGUUCUGUUGUGAGUGUUCACCUUUGGCACACCAGCAAGAUUAGACUUCUGUAAUUUCAUUUCUUUGUUCUCAAACCUGGAAAAGGCUUCCUUGUCUGUGCUAACAAGGAAGAACUGUUAAAAUGGCUGGAUGCUAGGAAAUAAUAAAGUCAGUUGGGUUCCACAUCUAAA